UUUUUAAAAUAUUUAUUAAUUAUGAAAUAGACAUGGAAUGGACAAGCAAUAUCUAUACUUUUACAAUUUUUUUUUUUUUUCAUUCAAUUCAAAUUUAAAUUUAGAAACAAGACUAUUAAACCCUAAAGUGGUCUUUCUGCCUCUCUCAAAACGGCCACCGCAGCGUGUUGUACCACACUUCAACAAUGGCAGGAGGCAAGAUGAGGAAGGAGAAGCCUUCGCGUGCGGCUUCACACCAAUUCCAGGGAGGCAUACCCUUUCACAAGUCCAAAGGACAACACAUCCUCAAAAACCCUGCUUUGGUUGAUUCCAUAGUCCAGAAAUCAGGGAUCAAGAGCACUGAUGUGAUUCUGGAGAUAGGCCCAGGUACAGGAAAUCUCACCAAGAAGCUUUUGGAAGCUGGGAAGAUGGUAAUUGCCAUAGAGGUGGAUCCUCGUAUGGUUCUCGAACUUCAGCGUAGGUUUCAAGGGACUCCGUUCUCCAACCGCUUGAAGGUUAUCCAAGGAGAUGUGCUCAAGUGUGACAUUCCCUAUUUUGAUAUUUGUGUAGCAAAUAUACCUUAUCAGAUCUCUUCUCCUCUCACAUUCAGGCUACUGUCGCACCGGCCUUUCUUCAGGUGUGCAGUUAUAAUGUUCCAGAGGGAAUUUGCAAUGAGACUGGUUGCGCAGCCUGGUGACAAUCUUUAUUCUCGUCUUUCUGUGAAUGCCCAAUUUUUGGCUCGAGUCUCACAUCUCCUCAAGGUAGGACGGAACAAUUUCCGACCUCCACCUAAAGUAGAUUCCUCUGUUGUUCGAAUUGAGCCAAGAAGAACAUUGCCCCCUGUGAACUUGAAGGAAUGGAAUGGAUUACUACAACUUUGCUUCAGUCGGAAGAACAAAACCCUUGGGGCUAUUUUUCGGCAGAAAAAUGUGCUCUCCAUGCUAGAGAAGAACUACAAGACAGUGCGGGCACUACAGUUGUCUAAUAAAGGUUCAAUGGACAACACAGAGAUGGAAAUUGAUGUAUCAGUUUUAAGCAACUCCCUUGAGGAACUGAACAUGGAGAUGGAUGAUGGCAAUGAUGAUGAAAUGGAGACGGAGGAUGAUGCAUCGGCUGGGGGUUCUGAUUUUAAAGAUAAGGUUUUGGGCGUGUUGAAGGAGAGAGAUUUUGGACUUCAGAGGUCUUCAAAGCUCGGACAAGAGGAUUUCUUGUAUCUGCUGUCUUUGUUCAACAAGGCUGGCAUUCACUUUGCUUGAUCUGAAAGAUCAUUGUACUUUUUUUUUUUUUUUUGUUAGAGAUAUAUAUAUAUAUAUAUAUACGUUUUUUGUUUUCCUCAUUCUUUUGUGAUUUUUGAGGGGCUCUAUCCCUAAAAAGUAAUUUUGAAAUGAUCAGUUUCUUUAUC